AUGCUCCUAACAUCCGGACAAAUCUCAGUGGCUAUAUCCUCUUUUAUCAUAUUCAUCUUCACGACAGCACUCUUCCUCUCCGGCUAUAUCCUCCAACAACAAACAGUACGAGAUCUAAGAGAAGCUAUCAAACCACAAUUUCAGGCGAGAUUGGUGGGGUUGGAGCUUCCGGAUAAUUUGAAUAUGUAUGCGGAUGCGGAUAGGAGUAGGAGGAAGGAGAAGACGGGGGUACACUUGCUUAAGAAGCUUGAGAUGGAUGAGGUGCAGGAAGUGGCUGUGAAAGCGGGGAUAGGAAGAGAGAUAGUAACGAGUGAAGAAGAAAUAGAUAGGGUAAGGGAGAAAAUCAUUAGGAAGACGAGGAGCGGUAGGGAUGAAACGUGGAGUGAGAUUGGGGGCAGGGUGUUAGAGGCGCAGCAGGAAAGAGAGGACGGGGAGAAGGAGGAUGAUGAGUUGAUGAUUGAUAUGGCGAGUGUUCGGAGAGAGGAGAGAGAAAACACAAUUCCGGAAAAGCCACCAAGUCGUGCAGAGAGGAGGAGGAAGAUCAAAGAAGACCUGGUAACAUCUGGGGAAGGCGAAACUUUUACGGGAUAUCGGAGACGUGUUUCGGGAGCUUGA